AUGACCGACAUCAGUUCUCGUCCGGGCACAAGGAGCAUGGAGUCCAUCUGUACCAUCGCCGGCGCUAAAAUCCCCAGUGUACCGCCGAUCCCACCAGAUUCCGUCCCCAAUCUUGAAUCGAUCCGCAAAGUCUACGACAUUGCCUUUGCCCCCGGCCUCGACAAGCUGCUCGAGUCAGGUCAAAGCAAGUGGUUUGCGCGACAUGGCUUUCCAUUGCUCUGUGCCGAUCGCGCCCAACUGGGCAACAUGUUGGCCUAUCUGACGUUGGUUAGUAACCAGUCGGACGCGGCCGGCGUGACUGCCACCUUGGCCAGCCAGGAAGCCCGAGUGACAUGGGCACUGCUCGAGCUCUGUGUCCGACCCGACCAUGACGGCGGAGAAGAAGCCGACAAGCUCGCGCGUCGAUGUCGUGCUUUACAGUCCAUCCUGACCGGGGAACCAUUCUCCAGCCCAACAACCUCGCUGGCGGACUUCGUCCACCAAGACGAAACUUCAGAACCAGAACCCAAGACUGGCGCAUUUGAAAAACAACUCGCCCAUCGAUCCGACGAGUUUUGGACCCGCGUCGAAGCCACAGCGGCAAGUCAAGGUCCGGCGGGAGAAGGCAUUUCUCCAGCAGUUGUCACUGAAUGUCGACCGUUUCUCGACGGCAUGGAGAACCGCGACAUCAUCUACAGCAUCAUGUUGUUGGCUUCGAAACCCAGUGGCAGUGGCAAUGGCGACCUCACCUCCGAACGGGAACUGGCUAAAAGAUUUCUCGAGAGUCAGGCGAGCGGACGAGCCACGAAUCAGGUGUUUGCCACCAUUUCCGGCAUGGCAUUGAGGGCUUUUGAGGCAUGA